UUUAAACUGUUUAAAAUAUUCUCAAAAGUUCUCCGAAGUUAUUCUGAUUCGUAUCGCCUUACUUAUUAUUAUUAUCAUUCUCCGAACAUAUUAUUCAUUCAAAAGUUUUCAACGGUCCAGGAAUAAAAUGUCCAUCAUUGGUAAUAAUAUGUCAAAUCGUGUGGCGGGUGCUGACAAGAAUGUUGGCACCCUCCCCAAGAACCUGGCGGACCUGGCCAGCGGUGCUCCAUCAAGCAACCGGAUGACGGGCGGCGGAAUAGCGGCGUCCAAGAGUGCCGAGAACAGUCCUUGCCGUUUCUUUUUCGAGGACGAGAUCUUUCGCAUCGAUUCACGGGGACGCGUGCACUUUGGCGUCGUAACUGAGACGACCGAGUCGCACUCAUCGGAGGACGAGGAUGAUAAUGAUCCGCUGUUUGCGGGCGAGGUGCGAGUGGCCUUCUAUCCCGAUGGCAAGGAACAGAUUCGAAUGGAGUCAGCCAUCGGCCUGGCGGACCGCACAUUGAUGCCGGGCGAUGUUGUGCGUCGCCGCCUGCCCGGCCAGAGAGUCCUCACCGGGCCGUCUGGCUAUGUGAGGGAUGUAAACGUGAGCGCGGACGUAAAGGUGCUUGGCUCAAAAUUCGUCAUCAAGAAUGUACCUGCGGAGCGUUUGCGUCCGAUCUCGCAAUGGGCUCGUGAUAUACCCGUAUGCUUUGACACCUGGGUGGGCACCACCAUCAAUGUGGACGAGGUGACCGUGCUCAGAACCGCCAGCGGGGGGCGCCUGGAAAUUGGCUCGGCCUAUUUCCACAAGUUCCGGGAUGCGAAUUCAAAGUAUUUGCCUGAAAUAUUCACUCCCCAUGUGUUGUUUCCCGGCAACGUGGUUGUGGGUCGUCUGCCGCCCUUCGAUCGCUUUAUAAAUCUCACUCCGGACAUACCAUUGCCCUUAAAUCGCAAGCGAGCCUUGUAUACCGUGGAAUCGAUCCAAACGCUUGGCGUGGACGUGGCCUGGACGUGCCGUGCCACUACAAACGAUUGCAAUGGCGAUCCUCUGAAACAGCCAAAAACUCAUGUCACGGGCGAAGAGUUGGUGCAAAUGAAGCGCCUCAAUAUUUAUGAAUCCUACAUGCUACAAAUUCACGAUCGAUUCUUCCUCAAAUAUACGAAAAAUGAUCCACUAGUCAAUAAACAGGACUGGGAGGAAGAACUAACGGCUAAAUAUAGGCUUAUUUACGAAAAUCAGGGAAUUGUUGAUACCAAGCGAAGCAAGCCAAAAGGCUCCAAUAGUGGCGGUGCCCGCAAUACGUCCAAGUUUCGACGUAAUUUGAAUAAAUCGGGCAAUUCGCGCUCCCGAAAUGGCGAUACCGAAGGCGCCGCCAAAGUCCGGGAACCGGGCAGUGGAUCGUCUACAAAGGUUUCAUCAGAUGAUACCUACGACUUGAUUGAGGAUGUCGAUGGCGACGAAGACUUCUUGGACGUAACUAUGGACUCGGAAGGCCAAGAGGAGCUGGCAGUCGGACUACAACCUGAGGCAAGUGAUAAAAAGAAUGAGGCUCCAGUGGAUGCCGCCACAAACACGAGUGGUGGUGGGGCAGCCACCAAUAAUCAGCAGCGCAUCACCGUGCGGAUUGGCAAUCGACGCUACGGCAAAAAGAAGAAGAUUACAAAGAAGACACUUUCAUCACCAUUUGUUAAGAAACAUAUUGAUCCCCGAGAUGGUGAUGAGAUUGUGGUGGAGACCUUAGUGGUACGCAGUACCGCAACCAUCGUCUGGCAGGAUGGAACCGUAGAGGAGAACAUCCCGUCGACACAUCUGUAUCCCAUACACCAUCUGGACAAUCAUGAGUUCUUUCCGGGCGACUUUGUGAGCAAGGCGAACGAGAAUAGCCUCUCGCAGACCGAAUACGGCGUCAUUCAGUCCGUGGAUCAUGACGAACGUAUUUCAAAAGUCAAAUGGUUCAACAUUUAUACCAAAAAGGAUACAGUUCCCAUAUGCAGAGAGGUGGAGGAGCUAAGCGUCUACGAUUUGAAGGAUCACGCCGACUAUCAGUAUCGACCCGGCACCAUGGUCAUUAGGGUCGCGAACUUUACGAACGAGAAUGCCAAAUCGACUGCUGGCCAGGUGGUUGACAACUUUCCCGAUGGCCGUGUGCGCGUUUGGUGGGCCAUGGGACAUAUUACCAUGUGCUAUCCGCAGGAUCUAUUCGAGAUCAACCAGAAUGAUCACGACCACGACGGCUAUCUGUCCGAUGGAUCGGAUAACUCGUGGGAGACCCAGUCGGAGGAUAGUCUGCACGGACAGCUCACGGAGAAAGAGCACAUCCUCACGGGCAUCGAUAGCGUGAGCGAUGCUCUGGGGAAGCUGGAGAAGAUCCACCAUCUGCUGCCGGAUGCCGAAAAGUCAGAGGUACACAUCGAUUUGGUGGCCAUCUAUACAAAUUGCCAUUACCUGGACCGCUUGCUGAAGAGCAGCUUCUUUGGGCCGGAGCAUUUGGGGCGCGCGCUGGAUUCGAAUCGCAUCUCCAAAACCUACAGGGCUAUCCAAAAUAUAAUAAACGUUGACCCUGAUUUGGACUUGGCCACGACCCCACUGAGGCUCCAUGUGGCUGGCCCUCCUGUGAGCCCCACGUCGACAUCGACGCCCACAAAGCGAAAAUCAUCAACCGAAAUAGACGAAGUUCAAUGCAAGAGAACUGGCGAUAUUGUCACCGAGGAGGAGGAAGAAGAGGUUACAGCAUCCAACGAGGAUGAGAAUAGUGAAAAUGCCAAGCUGAUUGCCAAAUAUCGAUGCGAAUACAAUCAUUUGAUCGAAGUUGCACGAAACAGUAUUCUUGUCGCUUUUGACAUACGGACUAAGGCAAAGAAUGAUUCUGGCGUUCACUCACGGGGCGAAAAUAGCAUGAGCGAGUUGACCAACUCGGCCAGCGAUCGUGAUCCUGUCGAGCCACGAAACCAGCCGUCGCCUGAGCUGAAGCCACAAGUGGUCAUUGACUUUUCCGACACCUGCGGCACGGAAACCAUCGAGAUGUUUGCUAUGCUUAUUAAGGAACAAUUGUCCAAGUGCCGCAUUUUGGUUGAAGACAAAAUUCAACGUGCACGCAGAGCAGCCCAAGAAGCUAAGGAUACAGACGAAGACGAACAUUCAUAUCCUGGCACGUAUGAUGUUGACCCAGAGGACGUUUGCAUCGACCUUAACGAGGUAGUGUUGCCGCCGCAGCCAGUAGCUGAGAUGGAUGUUGAGCAGAAACUGGAAAAGUGCGACGAUGCCAUGGAGCACACAUUGGACCUAAAUGCAUUGUCCGAGUCGCUACCACCCAUCGAUCGUCCCAUGGCCUCAUCAUCGCCAUCUCCCACGCCCAAAAUUGUCUCUCCCUCUCGCCACUCUCCAGUUUGCGAGAACUGCUUCGAGGUGGUGCCCAAUGCCCCGCUUUCUCAUCGUUUCAUCCGCAAUCCUGUGACACCGGCCAACAAGUCGCAGUACCAGCGAUCUAUUCAGCGCGAGUACUCCCUGCUGCAGUUGUCGCUACCGCCGGGCGUCAUUGUGCGAGCCUAUGAGGAUCGGAUGGAUCUCAUGUCGGUGAUGAUGGUGGGGCCCAAGCGCACGCCCUACCAGAACGCCUUGUUCUUCUUUGACUUUCAAAUGGGUCGCGACUACCCGAGGGGUCCGCCAAUCUGUCAUUACACCAGCUACUGCACAGAACGUCUCAAUCCGAACCUGUACGAAGAGGGCAAGGUGUGCGUGUCCCUGCUGGGCACUUGGGCAGGGCGCGACACCGAAAUGUGGUCGAUAACCAGCACCAUGCUGCAGGUGCUCGUCUCUAUACAGGGUCUCAUACUGGUCGAUGAGCCCUACUAUAAUGAGGCGGGCUAUGAGAAGCAACGCGGCACUCAACUGGGCCUGGAGAACUCUCGGGUCUAUAAUGAAAUGGCUAUCAUAAAAAUAGCCCAUUCCACGGUAAAGCAGCUGCAGAAUCCGCCGCCCAUCUUCCGCAACGAACUGAUUCAGCACUUUAAGGAGUUUGGCACCGAGCUGUAUGACCGCAUACAGGCCUGGGCCGAUUACUCGUCUGAGGCACAGCGCCUGAGAAUUACCAACAUUAAGGAAAUGCCUGCGGACUACAAGGCCCCCUGCGAGGUGCCCGAGUUUCCCCUACUCCCGUGCAGUCGUGGCUUUUGUGUUGCGGUCAAGGGCGUUCUAGCUCAACUAAAGCCCGCAUUGGAUGCCUUGGGUCCCAUGUUGAAUGCCCCGGAGACCGCAUUGAAUGCCCCUGAUGCUGGCUUGGACGCUGUAGAGCCCGCUUUGGAAGCCAUUGAUGUGCUGAAUACCGAGUGGAUGGCCAUCGAAACUGGAAAAGCGCCACGCGCUGCUCCAGAGGAAGUUUAAUUGAAUCUCGCCAUUCUCGGCGCUUACCCAUGCCCAGUGGUGCCUCCCCACACAACUCAGAAGACUUUUGCCACCCGCGAUGGAAGUCUGGCUGGCCCCAGGCAAUGGGCAGCGUUUUAUACACUAUACUAUACAUACACUAUCGAAUCUCUAUAUUCUUAAGCCUAUUCGAAUUGCUGGCUAUCGCCCUUUUAGUUAUGCAAAAUGUUCUUAAACUAAAUUAAAUGUGCUUUACAUUGUCACACAUCCAUGAAAUAAUAGCGAUGCGUUCUAGAAUAUAUGAGAAGCAAACAUGUAUGUAUAUUAAGUAGCGUUUAGCUAAGCGAAAUGUUGUAUUGUAUGGAAUGCCACAAAAUAUAUUUUAUACUUGUCGCCCUAAGUCGCUCCCGCCCCGAUCCCCCCUCAAUAUAUCCCAUGUAUCGAACCCAUGUCGUGCCUAGUUUCGAUUAUUGUAUCUGUUUUUGUUUCGCAUUCCACUUGAAAGAAAGAGAGGAGAGAGCUUAGCAUAAUUUAAGUUUAACGCUCCUUGUCCCAGCACUAGUUCUAUAUUUUAAGCUAGCCAAUGCGAGAAAUGUGAAUAAAUUAGCAAACAUUA